ACGACACGCUCAUAUAAAGACAGCAGCGUUCGCAGUGCGAGUUCGUCAGAGAAGUGGAAGCCAAUGAUUCCCAUAUGUCCAGUGGUCUCCUUCACCUAUGUGCCCAGCCGGCUAGGUGAAGAUGCCAAAAUGGCUACCGGCGGCAAUUAUUUUGGAUUUACCCACGGUGCUGCUGCGCAGUACAGUCAGCAGCCAGCCGCUGGAGUAGCCUACACCCAUCCUACCACGGUGGCCAGCUACACCGUGCAUCAGGCGCCAGUGGCUGCUCACACCGUAGCCGCAGCCUACGCCCCCACAGCUGCCACUGUUGCUGUGGCCAGACCUGCACCCAUUGCUGUCGCAGCAGCGGCCACUGCAGCAGCUUACGGGGGGUACCAGCCUGCCCACGCCACCACCGACUACGGCUAUGCCCAGCGCCAGCCUGAAGUGCCCCCACCACCUCCACCGGUCACCUCACAGAACUACCAGGAUUCCUAUUCUUAUGUCCGUUCCUCAGCUCCAGCUGUAGCGUAUGACAGUAAACAAUACUACCAACAACCCACAGCUACGGCAGCUGUAGCAGCAGCAGCCCAACCACAGCCCACAGUGGCAGAGACCUACUACCAAACAGCCCCCAAAACGGGAUACAGCCAGGGUGCCACACCGUAUACGCAGACCCAGCAGACCCGCCAGGUUACAGCCAUAAAGCCAGCCACCCAGAGUCCAGCCACCUCCACCUUCUCCAUCUACCCAGUGUCCUCCACUGUACAGCCAGUAGCAGCAGCAGCUGCUGCAGCCUCCGUGGUCCCGUCUUACUCUCAGAGCCCUACAUACAGCACCAACGCUGUUACAUACUCAGGCACGUCAUAUUCAGGUUAUGAGGCAGCUGUAUACUCUGCGGCAUCCUCUUACUACCAGCAACAGCAGCAGCAGCAGCAGCAGAAGCAAGCCGUCGCUGCCGCGGCAGCCACCGCUGCCUGGACCGGAAGCACAUUCACCAAGAAAACACCCUUCCAGAACAAAACACUCAAACCCAAACAACCACCGAAACCACCACAAAUACACUACUGUGAUGUGUGCAAGAUUAGCUGUGCUGGGCCACAGACAUACAAGGAACAUCUAGAAGGUCAGAAGCACAAGAAGAAGGAGGCAGCGCUGAAGGUCUCUCAGAGCAGUAAUAGCAGCAGUGGCGGCAGCAGCUCGGCCCGCAGCACACAGAACCAGCUUCGCUGCGAGCUUUGCGACGUUGCCUGCACCGGAGCAGAUGCCUAUGCUGCCCACAUCCGUGGAGCUAAACACCAGAAGGUUGUAAAACUACACACCAAACUCGGGAAACCCAUUCCUUCCACGGAGCCGAGUGUGGUGACGCAGACGUCCACGUCCACGUCCACCACAGCAGCUCCCAGUAAAACGGCCAGUGCUGCCAUCAGCAGUUCCACCAGCAGCACAGCAUCUUCCAUGAACAUCUCCUCCUCCACCGGCUCCAGUUCCUCCUACCUGAAACCCCUCAGCAUGGUUAACAACGCUGCAGCCUCAGGUCUGCAGGGCAAGAGUCCUGCUCCCAGCAACAUUUCUUCAACCGCUGCCACAAUCAAGAAAGUCAACACACCCAAGAUAAACUUCGUUGGGGGAAACAAAUUACAGACAACUGGUGUUAAGAUGGAUGAGUCAAAAGUUGAGGCAGCCAAACCUGUUCAGAACUCGUUAGGCGCACCGUCACAGGAAGUUAAAAACGAUACACCUGAUCCGCUGUCCCCUCAAUCAGCUCUGGCAGCUUUGCAGAGUGAUGUUCAGCCUGUUGGCCAUGACUAUGUUGAAGAGGUUCGGAAUGACGAAGGAAAAGUCAUCCGGUUCCACUGCAAGCUGUGUGAAUGCAGUUUUAACGAUCCCAAUGCGAAGGAAAUGCAUCUUAAAGGGAGGCGACAUCGUUUGCAAUAUAAGAAAAAAGUGAACCCAGACCUCCAGGUGGAAGUGAAGCCCAGCAUCCGAGCCCGGAAGAUCCAAGAGGAGAAGAUGAGGAAACAAAUGCAAAAGGAGGAAUACUGGCGACGCCGUGAAGAAGAAGAGCGUUGGAGGAUGGAGAUGAGGCGCUAUGAGGAGGACAUGUACUGGCGACGAAUGGAGGAAGAGCAACACCACUGGGAGGAGAGGCGUAGGAUGCCCGAUGGUGGCUAUCCACAAGGUCCACCUGGACCUCCUGGUCUGCUUGGGGUGAGACCUGGAAUGCCCAUCCCACAGCCGCAAGGCCCUGUGCCCCCACGGCGCCCUGAUUCUUCCGACGAUCGUUAUGUGAUGACCAAACAUGCUGCUAUUUACCCCUCUGAAGAGGAGCUCCAGGCCAUUCAGAAGAUUGUGUCCAUCACCGAGCGUGCCCUCAAGCUUGUAUCGGACAUCAUUACUGACCAAGACAAGGGCAAAGAAGAGGACAAAGAAAAGAAAGAGCCUCCCAAAGACAGAGCACUGAAGGGAGUGAUGAGGGUUGGUGUUCUGGCCAAAGGACUACUCCUGCGUGGAGAUAAGAACGUCAACCUUGUUCUUCUUUGCUCUGAGAAACCCAGCAAGAGUCUGCUGUCACGCAUUGUGGAGCACCUCCCUAAACAACUCGCACUUGUCACACCAGAGAAGUAUGAGGUGAAAGGCUCGGUCCAAGAAGCUGCAAUCAUCUUGACUUCCUGUGCUGAGCCCAAGAUGCAGGUGACCAUCACUCUGACCUCACCAGUCAUCAGAGAGGAGAACACCCGGGAUGGAGAUGUAACCUCGGGUAUGGUGAAAGACCCAGCGGACGUCUUGGACAGGCAAAAAUGCCUUGACGCUCUGGCUGCCCUACGCCACGCUAAGUGGUUCCAGGCUAGAGCCAAUGGACUCCAGUCCUGCGUGAUUGUUAUUCGUAUCCUGCGUGACCUUUGUCAGAGAGUACCCACCUGGUCUGCUUUUCCAAGCUGGGCCAUGGAGCUGCUUGUGGAGAAGGCAAUCAGCAGUGCCUCUGGACCGAUGAGCCCUGGUGAUGCACUGAGACGAGUCUUUGAAUGUAUUGCCUCUGGCAUUCUGCUCCCUGGUGGCCCAGGGUUAAUGGACCCAUGUGAGAAAAAUCCAACAGACACCCUGGGUACCAUGGAGGAGCAGCAGAGAGAGGAUAUAACGUCUAGUGCACAGUUUGCCCUGAGGCUCUUGGCGUUCCGUCAGAUCCAUAAAGUUCUAGGCAUGGACCCUUUGCCUCAAUUGAACCCACGCUUCAACAUGAGGAGCAAUCGCAAGAGGAGGCGCGACAACAGCGACGGCACAGACGGCUUCGAGGGUGAGGGGAAGAAGGACAAGAAGGACUUUGAUGGCUUCUAAGCAAGCUUCACAGGCUCACCCAUAUCUUGUUCAAAGUCUCUGUAUUCCAGUGGUGCAAAAGCUGAUUUCUUUAGGUCUCUGUGCAUGCUCAUUGCUGCUGCUCAGAAACAGUUUUAUGGCUUGUAAGAAGCCCGUCGAUGAGCAUCUUAAUGGCUUUCCGUUUGCUUCUAGUGCCUGUAAAUGACCUAUGAUGGCAGCUUGGUCAAUGUUAAGCUUAAUUUCAAAAACGCAUCGUUAUUUACUAAAAUAUUUAACAUGCACAGAAUUGUUUUGGUGACGUAAAAGAGCCUGUAACUGGAUAGUUUAUUAUUUGUGCUCUAAUCAUUUGUUACUAAAUUAAUAUACGUUAACAGAUUUUGCUUGUGCUGAGUGUAAUUGUCAAGAUAUUUGUACACUCCAGAAACACUUCUAGCAUAGGGGUGUUUAACAUAUUUCAUGAUAAAUUGGACCUAUGGGACACAAUAUUACUACUACUAAAACAGGUUCUUCAGCCUGCAGAAUGUUUUGGAUAAUGUGUUAAUUCACCCUCAGGAACCAAAAGGAACUAUGUUGAGAUUCAUACUAAAUCUGAAAUCAUCAAUAGCUUGGUAUGUCCCAAGGUAGCAUGUUCAAGCCAUGAUUUGGUGUUGAUUAAGGUUUAAAAAAAAGAAAAAAGAUAAACCAUACAAUAGAACAGAUUUUGUUUGAUGCAUUUUAAAAUUGCAAUGUAAGAAUUUGACAAUGGCUUAAGCUUAGAAAUGUAACUUACUUUCUUUCUUUUUUUCUUUCUUUUUUUUUUUUUUUUUUUUAAUUUAAUUUAAAUUUUUUUUUUAAUAUUUUAUUUUUGUGUGUUUUUGAACGGAGACAUUCCUCAUAACCACAAAGCCUAAGCUAAACUGUAACCCAUUCAUUGUUAUAAUGAAUGGUGACUGGGCAUUGGAGUAUAAAACCUUGUGUUCCACAGCACUAAUAAAACCUGCCGGUUCCCUUUUAGCCAUUUGUGAUGUACAUCUUUGGCUAUACUGUUACGUCAAGUAGAAAAAUAUGUCCUAAUUCUAUUACGCAUAAUGCAAGUGGGGUGAAGCUGACCUUGUUUAAAGGCUAUUCUGCUAGUGUAUUCUAAUGUUCGCAAGCUUCUGUUGCAUUGCCGUAAGACCCUGAUCUCUGAGAGCAGACUUGGGCCCUGUACAAAUGCAUGUGUUAUCCCCAUUCUCAGUGGUCCCUAAUUCAUUUCUGUACUAGGUGACAGCAUUGAUUUUAGAAAUAACCACAACAUUUACAUGAGCAUGUCCUUUUCAUUAGUGGUUCUAGAUUUGCAAAGGAAAUCUCAUGCACUGAGGGAGGCGCUAAAUCCUAUAUUCGAAGCAGAGAUCACUUGUUUGUAAUAGGCCCAAGUCUGCCUAACAUUUGUGUUCAUAGUGCUGUAAUCCCUAAAUAUAUCUGUGUACAUAUGCAUAUAAUCAUAUGUAGCUAUGUGUAGGCUAUGUUUGAUCUUUAAUAUAUGAGCAUUGAUGAGCAUAUAUCUAAUCUUGCAAUAUAGCUUCAAGAAAUUGUAUAAUUUUAUGGAAGCAUGGCAGUGUUCCAAGUUUUGAUUUUUGUUUUAUUGUUUUAUCUGUUUAGAUGAGCAGCUGCUUGCUUUUCACUUUUGUUUAACUAUUCAUCGUUUGUUUAAAAAAAAUCUAUUCAAGGGUGAAAAGAUGGGGAAAGUGUUCAUUCUGUGUUUUUAAUUGCAGAUGUAGAUUUAUCCUUUCAAUAGCCUGUCAUUCGCUGUCACGGUACUACUGCAUAACAAUAGACAAUAAAAACCUUCACAGAA